UCUCAGCAUCCUUGUUUCCUUUUCAAAAUGGCCCCAAGGCUUGUGCGCGGCGGUUACUGGUUCACCAGCACGGAGGCCGAGCUUCCUUCUGCUAAUAUUGAUGCUACGUUUUUUAGCCAUUUGUUUUGUGGAUAUGUUAUUGUUGACCCUGAAACUUACAAGGUCACCAUAGAUUCCUCGGAGGUUAUCCUAAUCAAUCAAUUUAGUUCGACUGUCAGACUGAGCAAUCCGAGAGUCAAAACUUUGCUAUCCAUCAGAGGAGAUGGAGAUGUACUCACUAAAAUGGUUAGCGAGCGUGCAAAUCGCGAAGCCUUUAUUAAUUCCUCGAUUGAGGCAGCAAUAGAGGGAAAGUUUAACGGCUUAGAUCUCGAGUGGCUGUAUCCAUCUUCUCAAGAUGAAAUGGAAGGCUUUGAAAACGUUCUCAUUGAGUGGCAUAGCGCUAUUGUUGAGGAUGCUAAGAAUUACCAUAGACAACAGUUGAUCCUUGUUGCUGCAGUCUCCAACUUGCCCAUCGUGCGCCACAAUAUUCAGUAUCCAAUUGAUACAAUAAUACAAACCUUGGAUUGGGUUAACCUUAUUUCUUAUGAUUUUUACACCCCAAAUUCUUCGAGGAUGCGUACUGGACCAUCCUCAGCACUCUACAAUCUCAAGACCAACUACGUGUCUAUACACUCUGGUAUCAAGUCAUGGAUCAACAGUUUUCCUAAUUUGCCUUCCAAAAAGAUCGUAUUUGGAAUUCCUUUCCAUGGCUGGGCAUGGAAACUCGCGGACGCUCACCGACACGACAUCUUUUCGAAGGCCGAAGGACCAGCCGUAGGAGACAGUAUUUCUUCGGACGGCCGAAUCGACUACUCCAAUAUCAAGAAGUUUAUAAAAGAUAAUCAGGCUGAGAAUAAAAAAAUGAUGGGAGAUAUGUAAUUGGGUACACAUAUUUUGAUACAACUUGGAUUGCCUACGAAAAUGAAGAAACCAUACCAGAGAAUCUUAGAUUGGCAAAGUCCCACCACGUGCUUGGUUACUUUGCUUCCAACAUUGCAACCGAUGAUGAUGUUAAUACUCUUGCUAACGCAGCUAAAGCCAAUUGGUGAGGUGAGGCUGGCAAAAACAUUUUAGGUGGGGAUUGUUGUGUUUGCUAAUUGCUACUGUCUUUUGUUGUGUGUGCGUAAGAUUUGAAGUUUUGGUGUAUCAAUAAAAUGUAAGGGGGUUCUGUUUC